CCAUGCUGUAAAAAGAAAAAAGCUAUCAAGAAAGAAAAAACGCCUGCCAUGACACUGACCUAUGACCGGCCGGCAAUCUAAAUAAAAGAGGGAAACAAGGCCCUAAAUAACGCCUGUAGGAGGCAUUGUUGGAUUAGGCCAGAUUUGACUGGGAACAGACUGUAAUCUAUCUGUAAUAAACCGAAAUCGCUGAAUAUGGCCAAAAUAUUUCUGAAACAGAAUUUUUAAAACUACCUCUGAGGCCAACUCGGUCGACAAAACCAAUGUGCCGCCCAAAUAUAUGUUGGGCCAUUAAGUAGCUUAGCCUCAGCCAUGAAGAAGCUGUCAAGUUGAAUUGUAUUUUGUGUUUGUAAUUAUCCUAUAUCUAUUUGAGAUGCUGACAAAUAAUUUUUUGUCCAUUUAUUGCUACAGAAGAUGUAACAUACAUUUUCCCUGGAAUAAUUAAUUUUGCAGCGAAAGCCUCGGUUUGUCCGCCACAACCUAACCACCGGGCUAAACCCCGAAAGCUGUGCUUUUUCUAAUACAGUGGUUCCAAGUCACUACUGACAAGGAGAAUGUGACAAUUGGAAGUAGAAAUAGAUGCAUAAACUCUCCUUGAAGUGCUAAUAACCAACGGCGCCAUGGUCUACUGUUUGCAGGACCUUAUAUUUAAAUUUGAUGAACAGAAUUUAGAGGAGAGUAAGGAGUAAGUGUGCAGAAGAUGGAGCUUGACGCAGCAACAUGGAUCAGCAUUGCUGCUAUCUGUGCUUCGGUUCUCGUGGCUAUCAAGUGGUGGGAUCCCAUAGUAGUUUAUCUUGGAUACUCCUUCGGCGUUCACCACCAUGUGGAGGAUCUUGGAAGAAAGGUGGAGAUGUUGGGCAUGAUGCAAAUCAACCUCCGCUGCCAGGAUCCCAUCCCAUCUUCUGCAGAGCGCAUCACAUGGCUCCAGAGCGUGGAUGAUUUGCAAAACAAAGAGGGAGAGAUCAAGAUUAGGCUUCAAAAGUACAGCCUAUCUUAUUUUAAGAGGUGCUACAUAGGUAGGGAAGCCCACAGGGAGCUCAACAAAGCCAAUGAACUCAUCAGCCAAGGCGACAAAUUAAUGCCAGAGGUAAAGGCAAGCCCACGUCCUGUCCGCCAUGUCCAGCCACAAGAGCUGCGAGCUCCAUUGCCGGGGAUGGAGGGCUCGUAUAAGAAGGUGCUCGAUUUCAUUAAGGACAAUAAUGUAGAGUCUGUAUUGCUUGGGGUUUGGGGCAUGGGAGGCGUGGGCAAGACAACCCUUAUCAAUCUGGUAAGUGAUUCUCGUUCGAAGUAUCAUGAUGAUUUCGCCGAAGUACUGUUUGUUCAAGCUGGCAAGGGAUGCUCUACAGUUGCUGAUUUGCAAAAAGCUAUCGCCAUUAGUAUAGCAUUACCUCAUAUAGGCAACCAAAUUUCCCAAGCAAAUAUCAUUCAUAACCACCUUAGAGAUAAGAGCUUCUUAUUGUUGGUGGAUGACCUAUGGGAGGAUCUUAAUCUGGACGAACUAGGCAUCCCCUCGCUUGAUGUAGUACAGCCACACCGGCGUAAAGUUGUGUUCACAACUAGAAGCAUGUACGUGUGUAGCAAGAUGGGAUGCUGCUGCCCUGAGGAUACCAUCCAAAUGAAGUGCUUGAGUAAACAAGACGCGUGGAAUCUUUUUGCUCAGAAGGUGGGAAGUAAAAUCUUUGAUGAUAAGAAAAUUCAUAAUCUUGCGAAAGAGAUAGUUGAGCAGUGCAACGGCUUACCAAUGGCUUUAUGCACACUCGGUAAAUUUAUGUCGCCCAAGAAAGAUCACAGGGAGUGGAGAACCGCCAGAGAUCUGCUGAGGAAUUCAAAACUCCAUGAAAUCACUGAUACCCAUGAAGAUUUAUUCAAACAUCUACAAGAAAGUUAUAAUAGUCUGACAGCUGUUAUGAAGAAGCGUUUUUUGUUAUGUUCUUUAUGGCCUGAAAAUAAGAACAUACCAAUGAAGACACUUAUAAGGUGGUGGAUAGGACUUGGUUUGUUAGAUGGUCCUAAUGCUAGUGAUGUGGGUUAUACCCUCAUUAAUGACUUGGUGCGUGCAUCCAUGUUGGAAAAAGGUGACAUUAGCAUUGACUCCACAGAAAAUUCACAUGUCAAGAUGCACACCAUGAUGCGACUGAUGGCUAUCUGGAUUGCGAAUGAACAUGGAUACAAGACCAAGUGGUUACAAAAUUCCCCAUAUAGAGCAGCCUUGGCUGAAGAGAAGUGGCACACUGUGGAGAAGGCUUGGGUAUCAGAGGAAGACACAUCAAGAUGGUGUCAAUGGUCUUCCAAGGUUUGUUUCCCACAACUCAAGGUGUUGGUGGCUCAACAUGUCUUCUCGCUUAAACUCAUUCAUUACUUCCAAAAUAUAACCUUUUUAAACUUAGAGGGGACGGAAAUAAUGGGAUUGCCUUUUGAGGUAUGCUCAUUGACCGAACUGCAACAUCUCAAUCUUUCUGCAACAGCAAUUGCUCUCUUGCCUCUAGUACUGAGAAAGCUUUCAAAACUCAAGUACUUGUACAUCAGAAAUAACAUGGUUCUCCAAACAAUACCAGAAGGGCUUAUCUUAGGACUCAAAAGUCUUCGAGGGCUGGACCUUUUCCGUACUGGUGCUAGUUUCCCUAACGUCCUGCAAGAAUUUGCGAGCUCCACCAUAGAUCUGGAUAUGCUCGGCUAUACUGUGCAAACAAUAGCAGAGAUAACACAACUGGGAGACUUGAAAAGGGUGUGUACACAGGCACUCUGCAUGGACCACUUUGAAGACGAGAAACAUCCGGAUAUUAUUAACUUGCAAAUUUUAUCCGAACUACAAGAGCUGCGAGAAUUAGCCAUUGUAGAGAGCUCUCACAGUCAGAAGUUAUUGGUAGCUGAAGGUGGCCCUAAUUAUGAUCAAUGGCUACUCCCUUACUUGGAAAUCUUUGAACUGAACAAUCUUCUCAGGCUAGAGCAAGUGACGUGGAAAAAUGCAGGGAUGGACAUCAGAGUGGUCAGUAUCUAUAAAUGUGAUAAAUUAAAAGAUGUGACAUGGGUUCAUCACCUUGAACACCUUGAGCAGCUCACAGUUGCACACUGCAAGGAAAUGGAAGUAUUGAUUGAAACUGGAGAAUCACCACAAGGUGUCAGCAUGAAGCAAACGACGACAAUAAGUUUUCCUCGGCUGAUAAAGCUUAAAUUGGAAGAGCUGCCAAAGCUAUCCGUGAUAUGCAAGCAAGCAUGUGAAUUUGAAGAGUUGUCUUAUAUUUGUGUAACUCGGUGUGAUGAAAUGAAAGAUAUCCAAAAUCAAAAGUACAAGCAGAGUAUGAUCAAGAUAGACUGCAGCGAAGAUUGGUGGAAUCGGAAUAGCUCAGGGAGAUUUAUUCCCUACUUCGCUCCAACAUUUUCCUCCUAG